AUGCCCGACUUCCCCGCCCACGCCUCACCAGCGUUCACCCCCGCCGCCUCCCCCCGCCCUCGUCCGCAGGCCCGCGACCGUGGCAUCUCCGACCUCCAUCUGACGAAAGACGAAGACCAGCUCGUACAAGUCCCGCCACCCCUCGUGAGCCCCGCCUUCACACCCCCGCGCACCCCGGAGACCGAAGGUCAGCGCCACGACAGAGCCUCGCACCCGCACAAGCACAGCGUAGGCGGCGAAGCGGAAGUCACGGAGAGAGCGCAAUUCCUCGCCGAACUACCCGAAGUGACGUGCGAAGUGCGCGCGCGCAUCCCAACGACGACGGGGACGGAGAUGUGGUUGCAUUUGUACCAUAAUAACGUGGAUGAUAAGGAGCAUUUGGCUAUUGUGUUCGGGCCGAAUAUUCGGAGUAAGAGUUUGGAUCGCCAGAGGCCGGGGGAGAGUGAAAGGGAUCGCAUGAUUAGGGGGGCGUACACGGGGACGUUGUAUCCCGGGCGCACGAGCAGUAGGAGGGUGGAUGCGAUUAGGCGGGACGCUGGGGUUGGGGAGGAGGGUGCGGGAGUGGGGAUGGAGAAGAAGGAUUUGGGGCCGCCGCUGGUGAGGAUUCAUAGUGAGUGUUACACGGGCGAGACGGUGUGGUCGGCGAGAUGUGAUUGUGGGGAACAGUUGGAUGAGGCGGCGAGGUUGAUGUCGUUGCCUUGGCCUACGCCGUCGAAUACGCCGGGGAGUGCUUCGCCGAGUCAGAGGCCGUUAUUCGACGAUCCGCCUGCUAUGCCUUCGUGUGGAGGCGUUAUUAUCUAUUUGCGCCAGGAAGGUCGUGGGAUUGGUCUGCUCAGUAAACUCAAAGCGUACAACCUCCAGGACCUUGGACACGAUACUAUGGAAGCCAACUUACUCCUUCGACACCCUGGCGACGCGCGGAGCUAUGGACUGGCUACUUCCAUGCUUCUGGAUCUCGGACUUGGCGGCGAUAUGGGUAUCCGAUUACUCACGAACAACCCGGAGAAAGUGCGGGCAGUGGAGGGUCCGGGACGGGAGGUGAAUGUGGUUGAGAGGGUGCCGAUGAUUCCGUUGGCGUGGCGGACAGGCGGCAAGGAGGGCGUGCAUGGGCCGGAGGUGGAGAAGUAUAUCUCGACGAAGAUUGAGAAGUUUAAGCAUAUGUUCAGCAGUGGGUGA